AUGGAACCACCACAACAACACGAGAGCCACUCCAGUAGUGGAACCUCUGCUGCUUCAGACAUGCAGCAGGCCCCGGACGAGCCAACGACGGGUCACGUUGGUGUGUUCCUCACGAUGCUCAAUCCAGGUGACGCAGAUGCUACGAGCGUCAAUGGUGAGAUCGUUGACAAUGCAAAGGAGGAGCACCAUGACGAAGUUCUGGCGGAGUUCUAUGAGGGGGACUUCUUUGGUGGUUGGGUCACGAAUGUCGGGCCAUCACUGUAUCGCGCACACAAGGACGUUGUGCUUCUCAGCAUUUCAGAGGAAGCUUGGGAGGUAGCACUUGGGCGCUGCGCCGCGACACGCCAUGCUGCGCGAGGUGAGCUGUUGCGUAACUGCUUGAGCGGCAUCGACGACGAGACUGUCGAGAAGUUGUUACCGCACUUCAAGGAGGAGACUCGACACAAGGGCUCAGUCCUGGUGAAGGCUGGGCAGCUAAGCUCCUCGCUGUGGCUCAUCGCUGGAGGCCGAUGCUCUCAAGCGGCAGCAGCUCCAAAGCCUCUGCAGGAGGAUCGGCCAGCGACAGAGGGGAGGAACAGGGAAAAGCAUGCCAACGCGCCGAAGACAAAGCGCAGGUUCUUCAGUGCCACCGUGGAGCUGGGUUUGCUGGAGGUCGGCCAGGCGGUGGGGCUGACCACCAUUGCUUUGCAACAACCGGAGCCACUCACUGUGACGGCAGCAUCGCCAGAGGUGAAGCUGCUAAGGGCAGACAACCUCCCACAGGCAAAGCUCACGCCCAAGGUUCUGGAGGCCCUUCGAUUGGCCCUGCGAGCGAAGAGCUCCUGGUUGGUGCAGCGCUUCGAGAGCCUCUCCGAACUGCCAGCGAAGCUAAGCCGGAAGGCUGAGAGGAUGCAUGAAGAAUUGGAGCGAGCAAAGAUCCCGCUGGUGAUUGACUCGCCCUUCCUCCGACGUCGAGAUCAAGCUUUGCUUCCAGGCCGAACGACCAUACGACAACUGCGGGCAUCACACGAUCCUCGACUAACGCAGCUAGUCUUCCCUGACCGAAACCACAGCGGCCUGGCGGCAGGUGGCGGCUUCGCAGCCAAGGAGGCCUUUCAGUACAAUCGCGAGAACUUUCUCUGGGAUCGCAACUUGCGACGACGCAAAGAGUUUCAGAUACAAUGCUUCCGUGUUGACCAAGCCGAACUGUGGCGCAGAGAUGUUCGGGAUCUUAUUUCGCUAACCGAAUACAAGAUGCACGUCUACUUGCUGGUCAAUGUCCUGCUGCUUGGAAUCACCGUGGCUCUCUGGUGUCAGGGCAAGCUCCCGCACACGACUCCUGUCUGGCUUAUGACGGGCAGCGCGCUGGCAAUGGCUGGAUCGUUCUCCUUUAUCUUGCUUUCCAUCUGGAUGGCCAUGCAUGCUGCAGUCUCGGCACAAAGCUUCGAGACCCGACUACUGACACAGAUGGUUCGGCUGCCGAUUCCAUCUUGGCAGGAGAUUGAGGCCUGCCGAACAUAUGCCUCCGAGUUCGAGCGGUUGGAGGCCAAACAGAUGUUUCGAGUGCCUUUUGCCAUGGGGCCGCAGGAAGGUCUUGCUGAAGAAGCGGAAGAGGAACCAGCUGCUCCUGUGGAUGCAUCCCCUGUUUCCUCCACCAGGUUUGGAGAAGCGAAUCGGCACGUGGACCCUUGGGGCCUGGAGGGCUCGGGCACAGACAUUCCUGAGCUCGGGUGCAAGAUGGGCCACAGUGUGCAGAAGCUUCGACAUGUGAAGCUGGCUCGGCAAGCGAUGGUGUUCUGGCAAAGCUACGAUGCGUUCGCGCGAAUCUGCAUGAGCAUUGGGGUGAACCAGCUGCUGAAUGCAGCAAGCUACUUCAUCCUGGCGUACUACAUGUCAGAGGUCAAGGUUCCAUCGUCUGCAACCUAUGGUGUUGUCGUGCUGACAACUAUGGCCGAAACGUUGAAUCGGCUGGACAUGUCUCUGACAUGGUGGCAGCUUCGCCUCAUGCAGCUGUUCUUGUAUCUGGGACCUGCAAUUGCAACGCUGGCUGGAUGGGCAUACGUCGAGGACGGCCAUGACCGUCAAGCAGAAGCACUAGUUGUGUGUGCGUUUCUGGCACAUGCCCUGUAUCUGAUGACCAUGAACACUUUGUGCCGAAUGCACAUGGAGCACAACGGCGCUCGACUUCCUGUAGCCUUUCGAUCUGUGUUGUACCUUGACGUGUUUGGCUGGUCCUCAGCUGCACAGGCACACCGACAUCAGAUCAGCAGUGCAGUCUCCGAGUCGCAUGCGACUUUCAGUGAGGCUGGAAGCGAGCGUUUUGCGCAAGGUGCGGCCAAUGCAACGACUAAGCCAGCCACGGGCAUGGUCGAGUACGCUGAGAGUGGCCAGGCAAAGGCGCAUCGUCCAGAGGAGCUGUCUGCACCGACGGACUACUCCUGCACGCCGGGGGCUCCACAGGCACAAUCCUUCCAAGACUUGGUCGAGGGCGACUAUUCCGAGUUCUACAAUGCUCGCAGCUGGCUGAGCACCACCAGCAACCUCCCGGAAGACUCGGGAGUGGUCACAGGCUGCGAACGGGAAGCACCCAUUGUUCUACCACAGCAGACUUUCUCGUUUGCCAUGAACAUGCUUUGCUUCCUGUGGUUGUCAGCUGCUGGCUAUUAUGCGAUGGAUGCUGCGCAUAUCCUGACGAGAACUUCCGCAACGUAUUCUCAAAGUGAGAAUGCCACUUCUCUACUGCAGCGACAUUUGCCUGCAAACGAAGUGGACAGCGGACUUCCGACUGAUGAGCUGAAGCUUCUCUGCAACAUGUGUGGCGGGUUGGGAGGAUCGGCUUUUCCUCCCUGGACGACUUCUUUCUUCGAGAGCAGUCCUGGAGAGGAGCACCUGACCAGCAAGGACAUCCUUGCCGUUUCGUGGCCCUACGAAAAUGUCCUGCCCCAGGGCCUGGCCUGCGACGCGAAGGGCCAGCGCUUUCUGGUCUCGGACGGCCUGUUGCUCUUCAGUGCGGUCGUGGAUCAGAAUCAUUCGGCACAGGUGCCGGUAUCGGCGGUCUUUGACGAGGCACCUUGUCCACCAGUGCUGGGGGAAGGACAGAAGUCCAAAUUCACGCUGCGCCUGCCGUAUGUUGUGGCUCCAUUUGGUCAGGACUCAUCGAUGCAGCUGUGGACUGUGCCGGUGGACGCUGUGAAGCCCUGGUCCUCCAUGGGCACGGAAAGAAAAUCAGCUCCUGUCACCUUGGCAGCGAGGAUUCUGCAGGUAGGGAUCUCCACAGCUGUGAGAAUUCUUGAGCAUUGGCUCGGGAGGUAG